GAGAUUGGUUUCCGGGUCAUAGUCGGUGCCUCGAGGGUCCAACCGUGGACUUUGCCUUAUACUACCACUACCACAUACUACAUACCACAUACUACAUACUACUUACUUAACACCACCGGAAGCGCUGACGUGUGUAGUGUCAAGAACGGCAUGUUCUCCUGAGAGGUCAUUUCACCUUUUAGUUAAGUUAACAGGCAAUUACAGCGAAUCGAGAAGAGGAUAUAAAAUGGAGAAAACCGUAAGCCUACCAAGUCAACCUGACAAAAGCACCAAAGUGGUUCUGGUUGAGAGUAGCAGUGCUCCUGGUGGACUGGAACUUGUCAGUGCAUACCAGACUACAAGAGUGGGGGAUGCCAUGGACCUGGUGGCUUUGGCAGCACAAGUACAAAAGGGAGAUGACUUUAUUAAAGCCAACGCCUGCAACAAGUUGUCCGUCAUUGCUGAUCAUAUCAGAUAUCUACAGGAACAAGCGAGAAAGGUGUUGGAAGAAGCAAAAAGAGAUGCUGACCUUCACCAUGCUGCCUGUAACAUAGUGAAGAAACCAGGAAACAUGUACUACCUCUAUGAGCGACCAUCUGGACAAAAGUACUUUUCCAUCAUUUCUCCAAAGGAAUGGGGUCCAAGUUGUCCUCACCAGUUUGUCGGUGCAUUCAAACUUCAACAUGACAUGUCCUGGACACCUGAGGCGGACGUACAGAAGAGGGACUCUGAGAUCGCCAUCAUGGACAAGCUUGUCAGCCAGCAGACUGCACUACCGUCUUACAUGGAACCUAAUUUCAGAGGUCUCACCGAUUAAGAGGCUGCACCCGCUCAAUAAAUGUGGCUCAAGAACUGGGUCAUUAUUUUUAAUAAUGUACAAUUAUUUAAUAGCAACAAUAUUAUACACAGAUGACCAUGAAUAAUAAUAAUAAUUAAUAAUAAUAAUUAAUAACAUUUUGCACUUUGUCUCAGCUAAGUUUAGGAUGUUAUUGGAUUUUAAUAGAAAUGUUAUCAAUGAAUGAAUCAUUAUUAAUUCAUAUAUGUAAAAAGUAUAUCCAAUAAGAGCACUAUUAAUAUGAACUGUAUGGCCAUGAGUUGUCCUGCUCUCUGGUGGUCAAAUGUGACUUUUGUGCUACACUGUUGGAAAUAAAAGGAACAUUAUUUUA